AUGGUGCGAAGCCAAUGGGCCGGCGUGAAGGUCUUGCAGCAACAGCUGUUUGCCAUGGGCAGCAUGCUAGUUAUGAUUGUAGCGACCUGGGUCUACAAGGUGUACCUCCUCCAGACGUGCUGGCGGAAGGCGAUCUUCAUUGCUAUCGUUGCGGUGACAAUCAUAGACUCCAUCCCGACCUUCCUCACAAUCUUCGGCGUUGUACGUGACCAGUAUUUUUUCCUUGGGGAGGAGAUUGCCAGUGCCGUGCCCACAACUGCGCUUGCAUUGAUUUACAGCCUGAUGGUUAUCGAGCUCGCUGAGCCUGGACAGGAAGGUCUUUGUUACGGCCUGAUCGGAACGGUCCAGCAUGCCAGCCUGCCCAUUGCCACGGCCCUAAGCAACCAAAUCUUCGGUCUCUUCAAGCCCUCUUUGUCCUUGCUGGAGAACUAUGUCACGGACACACCAGCUUUCCGAUCAACUGUAGCUUGGUCCUACGUACUGACCUAUGCUGCAUCCUUGCUCGGCAUGUGCGCGCUCCCUUUGGUCCCCCGGCAGAAAGCAGAUGUCCAGAGGCGCAAGAGAGAGUGGAGUCCCAGCUCAAUCAUGGCCAUCUUGGUCUUGGGCAUUCCUGCUCUUUGCUUGCCUUACGGUGUUGUCGUCUUGCUCCUCAGCAGUCAACCACAAACGGCAUGCUUGCGCUGGGUGGGCGGCCAGGGCUGCGACCACCUGACUUAA